AAAUCUUAUCAAACGCAGACACCUCGAAAGGAAAGUCACAAAAUUUCAGUUUCUAAAGUACAAAACAUUUCUGAAAUUGCAGCGCGUUUUUGUGUGGUUAGGCGCGUGAACAGGAAAAUGUGUGGUUGCUGAGAAGCCAGCGCUACUUGCCACUGCAACACACACACAAACACACAGACCCACCCAUCCAUCCCACAGCUAGAGGAAAGGAGAGUGGAGAGAGAGCAGAAACCUAUACGCCCCCCAGUAGCACAGAAAAGCUUUCAAGAUUAUACUCGAAAUGGAUAUGACCUCAACAGCGGAGGCUGCCGCGCGCAGCUGGUACGACAGUCCGCGCUUAGGCGGCGGCGGCGGCGGCUCCGGAUCCGGCAGCAAUGGCGGCCCACACACCAACGGCCUGGGCAGCGCCGGCAGCAGCCUGGCCCAUAGCCAUCACAGCCUGUCCAGCGGCGCCUCCUCGGCGGGCAGCAGCGUUGGAGCGGCCCUCGGUGGCGGCGCGGGCGGAGGCUCCGGCCUCGGCCUGGAUACCAGCGAUAUGAGUGCGUUCUAUGCGCUGGAGAGCAAUGGACACCAUCGGCGGUACUAUCCGAGCUAUCAUCAGCACACAUCCCGCAUGCCCUCCACACAUGCCACGCCCCAAGUGUGCCGUCCGCACUUCCACACACCGCUUAGUCCCUGGCUGACCAGCGAACACAAGUCGUUCGCCCCCGCCAGCGCCUGGAGCAUGGGACAGUUCGCCUGCCCCCAGGAGCCGCAGGUGGAGCACAAGCUGGGCCAGAUGGGCCAGAGCCACCAGACGACGGCCGCCGGCCAGCAUUCGUUUCCAUUCCCACCGACACCGCCAAAGGAUUCGACGCCCGACUCAGUACAAACCGGUCCAUCCGAGUACCAGGCCGUUAUGAACGCCUUCAUGCACCAACAGGCCACGGGCUCUACCUCACUGACGGACGCCAGCUGUGCGCUGGACAUCAAGCCCUCCAUCCAGAAUGGCAGCGCCAGCUCGAGCGGACCCGCCCCCACAUCAGCGCCCAAACAGCGCGAAGGUACUAACAGCAAUAAUAAUAGCUCCAACUCCAGCAGCAGCCAGCAGCAGCAGCAGCAACAGCAGCAGCAGCAGAGCGGCAGCAGCAAUCCCAACAACAACAACAACAGCAAUGCCUCCUCCUCCGCCUCCGCCUCAGCCUCCGCGGCAACCACCUCGAACGGCCUGUUCGACGGCACCGCACAGGCGCACUAUGCGGCCUCCAAUAAUGCCAGCGGCAGCGCGAAUGGCGGCAGCGGGGGCAGCUACGACAGCAGCAGUUACGCGUCGUACCACCACGCGGCACAGGCGGCGCACCACCAGGCGGCGGCGGUGGCAGCGGCCAACAUGUUCCAAAGUUCCUCCGUGGCGGCGGCCGCCGUGCGGCAUAGUAUGGGUGCAGCGGCGGCUGCAGCGGCGCACCAUCAUCACCACCAUCACAGUGGACACCAUCAUCACUCCGCCUCCUCAGCGGCCAGUGCGUCCAUGCACGGCAUGGGCGGCAGCAUGGGCGGCGGCAUGGGUGGUGGCAGUGGAGCGGGCGGCAGCUCGGCAUCCCUGUCCGGACACAGUGGCUCCGGGGUGGGUGGUGGCGGUGGUGGCGUCGGCGGAGGACUGGAUGUGAAGCCGGUGCGGACGAAGCCGAGGACGAGUGCUGAGGGUCGCGAGUGCGUGAACUGUGGCGCCACAUCGACGCCACUGUGGCGACGCGACGGUACGGGACACUAUCUAUGCAAUGCCUGUGGCCUAUACUACAAGAUGAACGGCCAGAAUCGACCCCUGAUCAAGCCAAAGCGAAGACUGACACUGCAGUCGCUGCAGAGUGCGGCCAAGCGGGCGGGUACAUCCUGCGCCAAUUGCAAGACCACAACCACAACCCUUUGGCGGCGCAACGCCAGCGGCGAGCCCGUCUGCAACGCCUGCGGAUUGUACUACAAGCUGCACAAUGUCAAUCGUCCGCUCACCAUGAAGAAGGAGGGCAUACAGACGCGUAACCGCAAGCUGAGCUCCAAGUCCAAGAAGAAGAAGGGUCUGGGCGGCGGCUGUCUGCCGAUGGGCGGCCAUCUGGGCAUGGGCGAUUUUAAGCCUCUGGACCCCUCCAAGGGCUUCGGCGGUGGCUUCUCUGCCUCCAUGGCGCAACAUGGACACCUUUCGAGUGGAUUGCAUCCGGCGCAUGCGCAUAUGCAUGGCAGCUGGUAUACCGGCGGCAUGGGGGCCUUGGGAGCAUCCAGUGGCCUGCAGGGAGGCUUCUCCACCGCUGGUUCUUUGGGCGGCGGUGUAGUGCCCCACUCGCAGCCCUAUCACUUGGGACUCAGCUCAAUGGGCACCUGGCGCACAGACUAUACGUGAUGGAGCGGUAAUAACUUGAACAAUAAUCUGUUCAGUUAAUGCCACAAAUGAGAAGCAAUCCAGAUGCAAACAAAUACAACAAACACAAUGCCAAACUGAGGACUCCUUGACAGCCAGCCCUGGACAGCCACAGCCCGUUCGCUAUUAGCCCUUGAGAUCCACACACCCACACAUAAUCGUAUGUGUGGAUGGUACAUAUGUAUGUACAUACAUAUAUGUACAUAAGUAUGUGCGAGUGUGCCAGUGAUGCCCAGGCGCUGGUUUUUCCUAAUUGUAAACAUUGCGUGCAAUUUUUAAUUAUUUAAGCUUUCGUUUUGUUGCUGUCGAAUCGGACCGGACUCCGUGCCGAGUGAAGCCCGCAACAAUAACAACAAC